AUGGUGACGACAAGGCAGACGGCCGGUCUCCCAAGCAGCUUUGAAUGGAGCUCCAGCGGAGCACUCAUCAGUCCCAAGAACGAUAGUCGGAAUAUUGCUGGAAUCAAAGACCCUUCCAUCGUACAAAUCAACGGGACGUAUCACGUCUUUGCCAGCACGUCUCAGGCGUCGGGCUACAACCUGGUCUACUUGAGCUUCACCGACUUCUCCCAAGCGGAUUCAGCCACCUUCCACUACCUCGACGAGACCCCGAUUGGCUCGGGCUACCGCGCGGCUCCCCAGGUGUUCUACUUCGAGCCACAGGGGCUCUGGUACCUCAUCUUCCAGAACGGAAACGCCGCCUACUCCACCAACAAGGACAUCAGCAACCCAGCGGGGUGGAGCGCUCCCGAGAACUUCUAUAGCGACACGCCGGACAUCAUUUCCCAGAACCUUGACGGCGGCUACUGGGUUGACAUGUGGGUCAUCUGCGACGCCUCCGACUGCCACCUCUUCUCGUCCGACGACAACGGGCGCCUCUACCGUUCGCAGACGUCGCUCGCCGACUUCCCCAGUGGCAUGGGCAAUACCGUGAUCGCACUGUCCGACGCGGACAAGUUCAAGUUAUUCGAGGCCUCGAACGUAUACCAUCUUGCCAGCGACGGCAACAGCACCAGCAGCAGCUAUCUCCUCCUCGUCGAAGCCAUCGGCAGCGACGGUAACCGGUACUUCCGUAGCUGGACAGCGAGCAGCAUCGCCGGCCCGUGGACCGGCCUCGCCGACACCGAGGACAACCCGUUCGCCCGGUCUAACAACGUCGUUUUCGACGGACAGCCAUGGACUAAGAGCAUCAGCCACGGCGAAGUGGUGCGCGACCAAGUUGACCAGACCCUGACCAUCAGCCCGUGCGAUCUGCGCUAUCUCUACCAGGGCCUGAGCCCGACAGCAAGCGGUAGCUACGAUUCUUUGCCGUGGCAACUCGGCCUUCUCACGCAGACGAAUUCGGCUUGCUAG